AUGGGGGGUAAAGUGAAAAAGACUAAAAAUGUGCAAGUUGAUCUAUGGCUUCUUCUCCUCUGUAAGCUUUACGUUAGGUUUAAUCACUGGCAAAAUCCUCUUCAAGUGACUCUAUUCUUUUGGUUUAAUUAUGAUUUUCUUUCAUGUUUUUUCAGACACCCAGUUGUUUCAUUUGAUUGCCACUCUCAAUUCUCCUAUCAGUCACUGUUUCCACACAAUUUCAAUUACGGGUUCUCCAAAGCCAGCAGAAAUUUUAAAGCUUCACGACUCAAGGCUAACUUUUGGGACUCUAUCAGAUCUGGUUUCUUGAAAAACAACACAACACAAGUCAUGGAUCCACCCUCCACACUUGAAGAAGAGGAAGAGCCAAUGCCUGAGGAGUUUGUUCUUAUUGAAAAGACUCAACAAGAUGGAGAAAUUGAGCAAAUUAUAUUCUCAUCGGGUGGAGAUGUUGAUGUUUAUGAUCUUCAAGCCCUAUGUGAUAAGGUAGGCUGGCCUCGGAGGCCGCUGUCAAAACUAGCUGCAGCUUUGAAAAAUAGCUAUAUGGUUGCCACACUGCAUUCUGUUAGGAAAUCACCAGGAUCAGAGGGGAAUGACCAAAAGAAGUUAAUUGGCUUGGCUCGUGCAACAUCAGAUCAUGCCUUCAAUGCCACAAUUUGGGAUGUUCUUGUUGAUCCCAGCUAUCAGGGCCAGGGUCUUGGUAAGGCCCUUGUUGAAAAGAUUGUAAGAGCUCUUCUACAAAGGGAUAUUGGGAAUAUAUCUCUCUUCGCAGAUAGUCAAGUUGUGGAGUUCUAUCGAAAUUUAGGUUUUGAACCUGAUCCAGAGGGCAUUAAAGGAAUGUUUUGGUACCCAAGAUAACUAUUCGUUAAAUGAAUUACAUUGGUUCAGCUGGCAGGUUUGUUUGGGACGAUGGGAGAAAAUUCUGUUUGUACAAUACAUUGUAAUUAUUUUAUUAUUAUUUUCUGAGUAAGAGUAAUUUAAACAUUUCAUGUCUUAGGCUUACAGAAUAAUCCAAUGUGAGCCUUUAACCAUGCUUCUCAAGUGAAUUUCUUUACCUUGAGAGUCAAGGGGCAGUUCAUUCGACUACCAGUUUGAAUUCGUUGUGACAUAAGUUGUAUAUUUUUUAUAUCCUUGUUGGAGAAAGUCCUUUUCCUGUGGAACUAGUUGUAGUACAGCACGGAUAAAUUACUAUUUAAUUAGAAGGGAUGUUUAUUGAA